GUGCGCAAAAGGUAUAACACAAAAACCCCAAAAUACAACAAAACCAACGGUAAACCCGGUGGGGGCGGGAAAACUGACUUCACCUGGCCGCGGGAGUGGGGCUAGACCUUAGAAAACCGGCCGGGCUGGAAGUUUUCGGGUCAGUUGGCUGCCUUGAGAGGAAGCUGGAAACCCAUUCAUUCUGAAUCACGAAUUUUUGUUGGAGAGGAGUUAAAAAUGCCAACUGUGAAAGUUUUGCAACCUGUUUUAAAAAUGAAAGUGGAUGAGCUCUUUUUAUGCUGGUUGAGUGAGACUGCAACUCAGGUGAUGCUCAAGGACUACUUGAGAAGUAUAACCAAUGAGGAGAAGACUGAAAUUGGUAAUGGUGAUGCUGGGAGCAAUGAACAUAUAUUUACUGAGAUAAACUGUGUGUCCAAGCAAAGCAUGUUAAGCAAUUUGAUGUCACCUUUGACUCCUACAAGUCCUCCCUACCUUUCUACUGCUCUCCCACUGGGGACACCAACAAGCCCAAGAAGCUAUUCUAAUAUUCGAGGAAUACGUAGAACUUCAAGCACCAAAAGUGUUCAGUCAAAGAAAGAAGAACCUUUGACACCAUCAUUGAGCCAAACCAUUCCAACAUUUUAUUUCCCUCAAGGAUGUCCAAAGGAAAAAGUGAAUAUAGAUGCUGUCAUUGCUAAAAUAGAGAAAACUUUCUCUCAGUUUCCAAAUGAGCGAGCAACUUUGGAAGACAUGGGUAAAGUUGCAAAGGCCUGCGAGUGUCCUCUUUACUGGAAAGGUCCCCUCUUUUUUUGUGCUGGAGGAGAACGAACAGGAUUUGUAUCGGUUCAUAAAUUUAUUGCAAUGUGGCGGAAGUUACUACAGACCUGUCAUGAUGCUGCUUCCAAGUUUGUUCAUCUUCUAAAAAGCCCUGGAUGUAACUAUUUGGUACAAGAAGACUUCAUUCCAUUUUUACAAGAUGUGGUUAAUAGUCAUCCUAGUCUAGUCUUCUUAAAAGAAGCAUCAGAAUUUCAUUCUCGAUACAUUACCACAGUAAUACAAAGGAUAUUUUAUACAGUAAAUAGGUCUUGGUCAGGAAGGAUCACUUGUAACGAACUCAGAAAAAGCAGUUUUUUACAGAACGUGGCAUUAUUGGAAGAGGAAGUAGAUAUUAACCAGCUGACUGAAUACUUCUCUUAUGAGCACUUCUAUGUAAUUUACUGCAAAUUUUGGGAGUUGGAUACAGAUCAUGACCUUUAUAUUGAUCCAAAGGAUUUAGCUCGGCAUAAUGAUCAUGCUAUAUCUAAUCGGAUGAUAGAGAGGAUUUUCUCAGGCGCUGUAACAAGGGGCAGGAAAGCACAAAAAGAAGGAAAAAUCAGCUAUGCAGAUUUUGUAUGGUUUUUGAUAUCAGAAGAGGACAAAAAGACUACAACUAGCAUCGAAUACUGGUUUCGCUGCAUGGACCUUGAUGGGGAUGGUGUAUUGUCUAUGUAUGAGUUGCAGUACUUUUAUGAAGAACAAUGUCAAAAACUGGACAAUAUGGCCAUUGAACCACUGCCAUUUGAAGAUUGUCUCUGCCAGAUGCUUGAUCUUGUGAAACCAGAGUGUAAAGGGAAAAUAACUCUUCAUGACUUAAAGAAGUGUAAAAUGGCAAAUGUGUUCUUUGAUACCUUUUUCAACAUUGAGAAAUAUUUAGACCAUGAGCAGAAGGAUCAGUUUUCAAUGUUGAGGGGUGCUGAAAAUGAAAACCAAGAGAUGUCUGACUGGGAAAAAUAUGCUGCUGAAGAGUAUGAUGUCCUAGUAGCAGAAGAAGCAGCUAGUGACCAGUGGAAUGAUUGUUAUGAAGCAGAAUUGAACCCUGGAGAUCAUCAGAAGGCCAAUGUACUAAAAUAUCAGAUGGAGAAAAGGCCUUGUUUUGACAUGCCUUCACAUCUGGCAGAUGUUGACUUGGAUGAAUAUGAUUAUGAAGAAGACUUUGAAUAAAUUGUGCUUGCUCUAUGUAAAAGAAUGACUAUGUGCAGCAGGUCUGCUAAAUCUGUGUAAGGCUUCAUUUCCAGAAAAAGUAAACUUAGUUCUAUGUGCUUCAAAAUUAAAAUAAUAAUAAUUAAGAUGUGGAGCGGGGGGAGUGAGUUUGUAUGGAAUGACACCUUUUUUGUAUUUAUUUAGUAGAUUGUCCAAUGUAAAAUAGACUUAAAUUAUUUAUAGAUAUGUUGUAAUUCCUUAAAGGAAGAAUAACUUAUCUUCGUGUUUAAAAUACAUUUGCUAGGUUUCUUGUAUUGGUAGUUCUUUUUUUAACAAGAUACUAGAAUUCUCCCUCGUUUCCAUAUGUAGCUGUGGCCUUGAAGUCUUCUAACAGAAGUCCAGUAAUGUUGGCAAAGAGAAAAGGGUCAGGGCUGUAAGUGAAGGUCUCAGUUCAUCACUCAAAUAAAGCAUCUCUGGACAGGCUAGAUACAUCACACAUAGUGAAAUAUGUCUUGCCCUGAAAGAACUUAGCUGCCCCGUCUCCUCUGUUUAUUCCUUCUGCUCUUUUCUCCCAUACCUACACAAAACUGGCUUUUAUUGAUCACACUUGACUGCAGUAGGUAUUUGUACUCCAUGUCAAAGGAACCAAUUUUGAAAUCUUGUGUAUGUUUCUUUUAUCUGUGAUAUGCACUAACCUUGUUAUGGGCAUUUGGUGUGUUUCUUCAAUGGUUAGCUAUUGACACAUUCCAUGAAUAUUAAUAUCAAUAGUGUCAGAGCAGCUGAACAAGUUGAUGCUUCACUUGCCUUUAUAAAGUGGGACUGAUUACUGGAUAAGCUAGAUGUUGCUACUCCAGUUUGUUUGUUUGAAAAAUCAUAAGGUUUGUAGUGCCUUAAUAAUCCCAAUGUUCAAAUGACUAAAUAUUUAAGGAAAACUUCUGGUAGACAAAAGAUGUAAGCUAUUUUGUUUGCAGUGCGGAUCUGUUAAAAGCAUUUAAUAUAUUAUGGUGGUAUUUUCAAAUAAAGGUUUUUUCAUAUAUGUAA